GAGGCGGACACCGGAGGUGGGAGCGCAACUAAAUUUCGGUGCUCCUCAAUGAUUAUUAGAAGUAACUUAGAAAUUGCUCAACAGUCAACAACGAAAGUCACAGGGUGAAUGAGCAGAAUACACGGGAACGAAAUAAAAGCCAAACCCUUGCAGUUAACUUAAAGGCAAUCGUCACAUCUCAAUUGAAUUUAUCAGCACAAUAUAUGGGUAAAUAUUCAGAAUCAUCUCUCAGCUGAUGGUUAACUAACUAUUGAACUCACUCCGCUUCGCUUUCUAGUUCAAUUUACGAGAAUUUAACGCGACUGAAGCUGCAACUUCGCCACUCUUUACUUGUUUAUUUGGAAAAUCAUUUAAGUAAGUAGCCUAUAAAUGCAACGCUGUUUAAUUUAUGAGAAGACAAUGGCACCAGAAACAAGGAACGGAGGAAGUUCUUCCCUGAAUAACAACAACAGUAAAGACAACAGCAGGAAAACCUUCCUGGUCGGUGUGGAUCUCUUCUGCUUGUUUUUAGCCGGCCUGCCUUUCCUGAUCAUAGAAACUAGUGCUGUACAGCCCUACCGCCGAGGCUUUUACUGCAACGAUGAGUCCAUCAAGUACCCGGCCAAACACGGAGACACCAUAAGCGACGCUGUGCUUUCUGCUGCUGGCAUUCUUAUCACCAUCCUUUCUAUCAUCAUUGGUGAGAGCUACAUGAUCUACUACCUGAACGAGGGCUCGAAGUCCUUCGUAGGGAACCCCUACAUCUCCGCCCUCUACAAGCAGGUGGGCGUGUUCAUCUUUGGCUGCGCCGUCAGUCAAUCGUUCACGGACAUCGCCAAGGUAUCGGUGGGCCGCAUGCGACCCCACUUCCUGGACGUGUGUAGGCCCGACUGGUCCGCCAUCAACUGUUCUUUGGGCUACAUCACAGACUACCAGUGUAAUGGACCCGAGAGCAAAGUCCAGGAGGCCAGGAAGUCGUUCUUCUCUGGCCAUGCAUCCUUUUCCAUGUACACCAUGCUGUAUUUGGUGUUCUACCUGCAGUCCAGGUUCACCUGGCGUGGAGCCCGUCUUCUGCGCCCCCUGACACAGUUCACCCUCAUCAUGAUGUCCUUCUACACCGGCCUGUCCCGCGUCUCCGACCACAAGCACCACCCCACCGACGUCCUGGCUGGCUUCGCACAGGGAGCCCUGGUGGCCUACAGCAUAGUGUUUUUCGUAUCUGACCUGUUCAAGCCCAAAGGCAGAAGUUCAGCUCUACCAGUGACCCCAUUAAAGAACCCCAACAACCCCAUGGCAGACAUCAGAGAGAGGAGCAACCACAUCACCAUGGCAUAGUAGAGACCAGUAGAGUAUACCUGUACAGCUAUCUUCCGCUGUAGGUUUUAAACAUCCUUUAUUUCACCUACUGGUCUGUACUGGAUGUGUUAAACAACCAGCGAAAGCAGCAAGAUUGCUGACCGACAUGUCUGCAAGGCACAGAGAAAUAAUGAGCUAUGGAGAACUUACUUUGGAAAGAAGAGGAGAGACACACACACAAACAACACACACACGCACUUGAACAGCCAGCAACAUCCAUGUUUCUCACCAUCUCAUCUGACAUGUGAAUGUGGAAGAGUUUGGGGAGAGAAUUCAUAUUUUGCUUUGAUUACCCAAGGUCUCUAUAUCAAACCUGGUGCUUUGCAGAUUAACUGUAUCUUUAUCUGCAGACAAGGAACUUUCACAGACAGAAUCAUGAAGGAAGGAGAGAAGGAAAC